GCAGCAGCUCAGCAGUCACACGAAGUUCUUCCAGUUCCUGGGUCAUCACUGUCAGACCCUGCAGUACCUGACCUGCAGACUCCCAGAGAGCGCCAUCCACAGGUGGGGCGGUGCAGUGACGGGCCUGCAGGACGAGGUGACGCGUCUGCAGCAGCGAGGACUGCAGGAAGGAACCAGGAUGCAGGAAACAUUACAGGUGUGGACACAGUGGGAGGACGACCGUUCCUGGACAGACUCCCUGCUGAGACAAUUACAGACUUCAUUUCCCAAGAUGCACAAGGAGGGUCCUGACUGUGAUCAGCAGUUAUGUGAGGAUCUCUGCAGCCUCCAGGAGCUUGCCGAUGUUCUGCUGCAGAACAAGGCGCGGUUCAGUCGGAUGCUGGAGGCGGGGCUACGGCUGCAGGCGUUAGGCUGUAGAGGAGUGGGCGUGGCCACCAGUGAGCUGCAGGUGCGCUGGAGAACCCUGCACAUGAGGGUGGACAGUGAACGCACCAGACUCAACAGAACCAAGAAGCUGAGACACAGGUUCAUUCAUGACUCUGCUGUCCUGAGUGAGUGGAUGAAAAAGACCCGAGAGCUGAUGAACGACUGGAGUCAGAGAAUCACUGUGGGAGAGGACGAGGAGACAGAUGUGGGACAGAGACGUGAGCUGUACCUGCAGUGUGUGGCUUUGACUCAGGAGUUUGAGGCUCGGUCUGGACUGAAGGUGGCCGUGGUCGGUGCCGGUUCUCAGCUCGUCCAGUUGGAGGAGGACGGCAGAAGCUCUGACGGAAAUCCAGAAGACGAUAAAGAUAGCGAGACUUUGGCGCCGCAUCUGUGUUCCAUCCACUCCCGGCUCAGACAGACGGAGGACGACUGGUCCGGUCUGCUCACUGGACUUCCUGUCGUCCAACAAGCUCUGCAAAAGUGGUGGUUGAGAAUGUUGAGCCAGCAGGGGGCGCUGCUGGAGCUGCAGCUCUGGCUCGGUGCUGCUGAGUCUCAGCUGCAGGAGAAUCGCAGCAGAAUUGACCGGACGUCCUCCACUAACGCUGAGCUCCGAGAGCUGCUGAAGUGCUGCAAGGAGCGUCGCAGUGAGUUGUCGGCCCAUCAGGCCGUACUGGACCACGUCAACCUGCCACUGCAGACCUGUAGUACCGAUGACGACCAGACGGGGCGCUACCAACACAUUGAGUUUGCAGAGGACCAGGGUCGUCUCAACCGUCGGUGGCUCAGUUUCCAGGAAACGCUCAACUCUCAGAUCCAGAUGCUGGAGCAGGAUUUACAGACCCGAGCAGAGCGGGAGUCUCGACUGCAGCAGAUCGACAGCUGGAUCGCAGAUCAGAGCCUGUGGAUGGACUCGGCACAGACGCCCAGCAGCUGGACAGAGCUGCAGAGGAGCGUCGACACCUGCGAGGGCCUCGAGGAGAAGAUCGGGCUGAAGGCUUCAGCUCUGCAGGAGCUCAGAGACAGAGUUUGUGGAAACGGCAGCUGUGAUUUUGCGUCUCACGCGCACAAAUCCAUCCAGGCGUGUGCGGCUCUCACUCAACAGAACGACUCGCUGAAACGGAGGCUGACUCAGACUCGGCAGCUGUGGGAAACUGUGGACGAGAGUCUGAGUGAGACGAGGCUGAAGACGGCGAGGACGUCUCAGACUCUGGUUUAUCACAGCGACCCGCGGCUCUCCCUGCACGCCCACAGACAUCUACAUGGAAAGCUGCAGCGUCUUCAUGAGGACACAGAAGCUGUGGACGCAGAGUGGGACGAGCUGAGCCGGAGCGUCUCCUCCCUCAGAGGCGCGGUCAGCUCUGCGGCUGCCGUCCUCCUCUCCGAUCAGCUGGACAGACAGAGACACAGUUGGACUGAAGUGUCCGCAGCUCUGCACCGGCGCCUCCACAGGAGCCUGGAGAUCCUGCAGGCGUGGGAGGCCCACGCUCGCCUCGCUGCGACGUUCUCUGAGCGGCUGCGGACGCUGCAGAGCGACGCCGCGUACGCUGUGAGCUGCGAGACGUCCGGAGACGACGGCGGUGAGGAGCAGGUCGCCGCCAAGAUUCAACACCUUCAGAGUCUCCUCCAGGUCACCCACACUCUGCAGUCUGACCUGCAGGGGGUGCUGGAGGCUUCCAAGGCCCUGUGUCGCAGCCUGGAACCCUCAGCUGCCGCUCUGGUCCAAUCAGAGAGCAGGUUGUUGUCACGUGGUGUCCUGCAGCUCAGUCACAUGCUGACAGGGAAGCUGCGCGAACUGCAGGAGGAGCUGCAGCAGCUGCAGGAGUUCACUCACGUCCUCCAGUCACUGGACACAGACGUGGACGUUUGGCAGCGGCGUCUGGACACCGUGGUUCACACAGGAGAUCAGUCCGGCCUCCUGGAGCCGAGCGCUCGCUCUGCUGACCUGGACGUCGCGAACGAGCUGAGCUGCAGCCUCACGCUGGGCGACGCCGCGGCCCGACACCUGCGACGCCUCAACCGCCGCUGGGCCACCGUGUCCGCCAGAGCUGAGGAGACCUGCAGUGAGCUGCACACAGAGUCCCUGAAGCAGCAGAGUUUCCAGCACAAGUGUGAGAGCUGGACGUGUUUCCUGCAGCAGAUGGAGGACAGCGUGGCCGUGGACGUGGCCGGUUCUUACCUCGGCCUCAGGCAGCAGCUGCGCACGCACAAGAGGUUUGAGGCAGAGCUUUCCACCGGUCACCAGAUCCUUCACUCGGUCAUCACUGAAGCUCUCCACCUGCUGCAGAGAGGAGAAGUGGACGACAGGAGCGACUUCCUGCUGAAGCUGGCGCAGCUCAGAGAGCACUGGCAGGGGGCGGUGCAGCGCGCUGACCAGCGGCGCUCCCUGGUGGACGGUCUGGUGAAGCACUGGCAUCUGUACGGCCGCAGCCUGAAGAAGCUGCGGAGGUUCCUGUCCGACACGCGGAGCCUCCUCCCGCCGAGCGGGCCGCCGUGCUGCAGCCUGCGGCAGCUCAGACGCUCCCUGAGAGACCUGCAGCACACUGAGCUGCUCUUCCAGAGACACCAGAGCAGCUUCGUCCACACGCUGGAGGUCGGCCGGCAGCUCUUCUCCAUGGGCGACGACGAGACGCAGGCGCGGCUGCAGGAGGAUCUGGGGACGCUGCAGGAGGAGUGGGACGACCUGCGCGCUCUGCUGAGCCGCAGGCUGCGACUCACGCAAGCCGUCGCCCAGAACUGGGAGCGGUGCGAGGCCGGACUAUCAGACAACAUGCUGCAGCUGAAGGACAUCAAGAUCAGACUGAACCAGUCGCUCCCAGAGAGCGAUGACGAGCUGCAGAGCGCCGAGAAAUUCAACAAGGAGAUCGAGGACUCCCUGGUGGACUGGGCCGAGAGCCUGACGGAGCUGAGCACCAUGAAGACGGAUCUGUCCCAGUACAUCAUCGCAGACGACGUCCUGCUGCUGCAGGAGCAGGUGGAGCACCUGCGCUGUCAGUGGGAGGAGCUUUGUCUGAAGGUUUCUCUGCGUAAACAGGAGAUCGCCGACCGCCUGAACGCCUGGAUCAUCUUCAACGAGAAGAACAAGGAGCUGUGCGAGUGGCUGACGCACAUGGAGAACAAGGUGGUGCACGACUCCGACCUCAACAUCGAGGAGAUGGUGGAGAAGCUCAAGAAGGACUGUAUGGAGGAAAUCAACCUCUUCAGUGAGAAUAAAACGCACCUGAAGCAGCUCGGAGAACAACUCAUCAUCGCCAGCAACAAGACAAAGGCGACGGAGAUCAACGACAAGCUGAAGGACAUCAACGACCGCUGGCAGCAUCUGUUCGACCACAUCGAGGCCAGGGUGAGGAAGCUGAAGCAGACGCUGGUGACGGUGCAGCAGCUGGACAAGAACAUGAGUCGCCUGAGGACGUGGUUGUCUCGCGUCGAGGCCGAGCUCGCCACGCCGCUGGUGUACGACGUCUGCCACGGCGACGAGAUCCACAGGAAGCUGGUGGAGCAGCAGGACCUGCAGCGUGACAUCGAGCAGCACUCGGAGAGCGUCGCGUCCGUGCUGACGCUCUGCGACGUCCUGCUCCACGACGCCGACGCCUGCGGCGACUCUGAGAACGACACCGUGCAGCAGACGACGCGGAGUCUGGACCGACGCUGGAGGAACAUCUGUGCCAUGUCCACGGAGAGACGCAUGAGGAUCGAGGAGACGCGGCGUCUCUGGUCUAAAUUCCUUGACGACUUCUCUCGCUUCGAGGACUGGCUAAAAAACGCCGAGGUCACCGCGGCGACCCCGGACUCCGCCGACGUCCUCUACACCAGCGCCAAGGAGGAGCUGAAGAAGUUUGAGGCGUUCCAGCGGCAGGUCCACGAGCGUCUCACGCAGCUGGAGCUGGUCAACAAACAGUACCGACGUCUGGCCCGGGAGAACCGCACCGACGCCGCCUGCAGACUGAAGGCGAUGGUGCACGAGGGCAACCAGAGGUGGGAGGAGCUGCAGAGGAGGGUGACGGCCGUUCUGCGGAGACUGAAGCACUUCACGUCUCAGAGAGAAGACUUUGAGGGGACUCGUGAGGGGAUCCUGGUGUGGCUGACGGAGAUGGACCUGCAGCUCACCAACGUGGAGCAUUUCUCCCAGAGCGACGUCGAGGACAAGAUGAGACAGCUGGACGGCUUCCAGCAGGAGAUCACGCUCAACACCAACAAGAUCGACGCCCUCAUCGUGUUCGGGGAGAACCUGAUCCAGAAGAGCGCUCCUCUGGACGCCGCGCUGAUCGAGGACGAGCUGGAGGAGCUUCACUCGUACUGUCAGGAGGUGUUUGGUCGAGUGGCGCGCUUCCACCACCGACUCGUCAACAGACGCCCGGUCCCGGAGGAGGAGGAGCAGGAUCUGUCGGACCGGGACACAGACCUGGACGAGCCUCCAGAUCUGACCGACGGGUCUGCGUGGAGAGAAACCAGGAGAAAGAAGAAGGAGGAGGAGGAAGACGUUUCAGCGGCGGGCGGAGUCUCGGCCGGACGUCAGGUCAUGUGCCACCUACUGGCCCCUCCUCUGGAGCGGUCGGGGAGGGAGACCCCCGUCAGCGUGGACUCCAUCCCGCUGGAGUGGGACCACACGGUGGACGUGGGAGGAUCGUCACACGAGGAGGGCGACGACGAGGACGUCACCUUCUUCAGCGCUCUGUCCGUGAAGUCGCUGACAGACCCGCCCAGCUGGCACCAGCCCGAUUCUCCACACAGGAAACGACGUUCCAGACAGAGCUGCAGUACUCCGUUCCACCAGCAGGGCUACGUGAAGCUGAUGUCAGAGUGCAGCGGCAGCAUCGACAGCGUGAAGAGAGUCAAAGUGAUCCUCAACGACGAGGAGGAGGAGCCUGAGGAGGUGGGGCUAACCAGCAGCACGGCUGACCGACACGGCAGCACAGGUGUGAUCCAGCGCUGGGAGCUGCUUCAGGCUCAGAAAGUCCAUGCUGCGUCUGACGUCAGGCAGGACGUGGAGCAGUGGCAGAAGCUGAACUCUGACCUCUGUGACGUCACUUCCUGGCUGGAGCAGCUGCUGCCGGAGCUGGACGAGCUUCAGCGAAUCCCAGCGUCCACCGACAUCAGAGACGUGGAGGACAACGUCAGGAAACUGAAGAUGAUGCAGAAAACCUUCAGCCGCUACAAAAGUCUCAUGAUCUCCGUCAACCUCAACGGCCGUCACCUCCCGCGCGGCGACAGCGGCGACCUGCAGGAGGCGCUGAGCGCCGCCAACGCCGGCUGGACGCAGGCGUGCGCCGGGCUGGAGAGCUGGGAGCGCGGGCUGCGCGCGGCGCUGAUGCAGUGUCAGGAGUUUCACGAGACUCUUCACUCUCUGCUGCUGUGGCUCGCUGGGGCCGAGAAGAAGCUCAGCACUGUCGACGUCAGCGCCGCGUCGACGGCGCCGCGCUCAGUUCUGCUGAGUCACAGAGACGCGCUGACGGAACUGCAGGGCGACCUGCAAAGUCGUCAGCGCCAGGUGUCGUCGCUGCAGGAGAUCUCGUCACAGCUCCUGUUGGAGGCGACGUGCGGCGACAGUGUGGAGGCCAAGGAGAGAGUCCACGUGGUUGGCAACAAGCUGUGUCUCCUGCUGAGACAGGUGGACGCGCUGCAGCAGAGAGCGAACAAAGACACUUCACAAACAGCACAAAGGCAGGAGCAGCGACGGGACUCGUCCUCGCAGCGUCCGUUCCUCCGGCGCGUGCUCCGCGCCGCCUUCCCUCUGCACGUGCUCUUCCUCCUCCUCCUCAUCCUCGCGUGUCUCGUGCCGGUGACCGAGGACGACUUCAGCUGCACGACGUCCAACAACUUCGCGCGCUCCUUCUACCCCAUGCUGCGCUACACCAACGGGCCCCCGCCCACAUGAGCCCUGUUUCAAUUUCUAUUUAUUAUUUUU